AUGGCCCCCGAUGUAAUGGAAUCCAGCCUGCGGCAAAACGAAGUCUUGGGUAAGAGGGAUAGCCUUACCGCUCGACGAUACAAUCGAUUAAACAGACGACAACAACCAUGGUCGAAUCAGACUACCGUACCAGAGGUACCAGUAACACAAGAGCCGGAAUCAGUGGUGCCUGAGACCCCAACUCCCGUUGUUGUUGUGCCAACAUCGGACAAUCUUCAAUCUACUUCAGCACCACAGGAAGAGAUUCCAUCCACGUCCGAGUUGCUCACGACGUCGGAAGUACCAACGACAUCUGAAGCACCAACGACAUCUGAAGCACCAACGACAUCUGAAGCACCAACGACAUCUGAAGUACCAACGACGUCCGACGUACCAGCAACAACCGACGCCCCUCUUACCGAGACUCAACAACAGACUACUGCUAUUCCGACAACUUCAGCAAGAGUUCACACGCCCGCGCCGAAGCAGCCUGAAAUCACCCCCAUUGAGAAUGACGGUGCGGAAACCACUACUGCCGAAGAGGAGCUUCCUACUUCGGAGCCCACCUUGACUAUCUCUAGCACUGAGGCUAUCACCACAGAUUCUAGCUCCGUUCUCGUCUCUGAAUCUACCGAAGCUGCGACUUCCGCAGUCACUCCGAGCGCAGAGCCAUCUGCAACUGAGGCUACGCCAUCGUCGCAGUUGAGCUCAAGCAUUGACCCGUCGACAGCGGCGGGCCCAACCUCUGAGCCGGUAUCACGCCCAAUCGAAUCGACUACCGAGGCACAAACAUCGGAAGCCACUUCAGCGCCAGCACCGUCAACUAUUUCAACUGAAGUAUCAGGAACCAGCUCGAGCAUCGUACCGGAGACCACCGAAGACAUCACCUCUGUUAGCCCAAGCGUGAAGCCUUCGACGUCUGACGUGAGCUCAGAAGUGCCGCAGACUACCAGUGAUGAACCAGUACUGUCUGAGCCUACCGAGACACCAACCCCAUCGCACACUCGCAGCCGACACAGCGAAUCUACAGCUACUCCCGAACCAACUGUGACGGAUGUGCCGACCUCAAGCGAUGAAUCAAGCCUCAUCGCUAGCGACAUUGGCACUGAAACUGAAGAGACUACCACUCCAUCUGCUACUCCUGCUGGAGAGACAACCAUAUCAGAAGUCGAACAAUCAACAAUAUCGCGCAUUCACUCGGAAGCCACAGUUACCCCGCACUCCAAGACCAGUACCGAUGUUUCUGAGACGACUGCGGCGCCUUCUUUGUCCAACCUUCUGCCCAUCUCGUCUAUCAUCUCCGACGUCGAAAAUGUUCCUUCAGCGAUUGAGAGCGUGGUGUCCUCUGUAAAGUCCGAUAUCGACAACGUGCCGUCGGCCAUCAGCAGCGUUGUCUCCUCGGUGAAGUCAGAUGUCGAUGCUAUCCCUACUGAGGUUAACAGUAUUGUCUCAAGCAUUGCGUCUUCCGUUAAGUCUGACGUUGAUGCGCUUCCAACAGAAGUUAGCUCCAUCAUCUCCUCGGUUAAGUCAGAUGUUGAUGCUCUUCCCACCGAUCUCAGUAGCAUUGUCUCCUCUAUCAAGUCCGACGUUGAUACGCUUCCUACCGAUGUCAGCAGCAUUAUCUCUUCAGUCAAGUCCGACGUUGAUACGCUUCCUACCGAUGUCAGCAGCAUUAUCUCUUCAGUCAAGUCCGACGUUGAAGCAAUUCCCACAGAUGUUAGCUCCAUCAUCUCCUCGGUCAAGUCAGACGUCGAUGCCCUUCCUACCGAUGUUAGCUCCAUCAUCUCCUCGGUCAAAUCAGAUGUCGAUGCCCUUCCCACCGAAAUCAGCAGCAUUAUCUCUUCAGUUAAAUCCGACGUUGAAGCACUUCCUACCGAUAUCAGCUCCAUCAUCUCCUCGGCCAAGUCAGAUAUCGAUGCCCUUCCCACUGAAGUGAGCAGCGCGAUUAGCUCGAUCAUUUCUGGGGUCUUGACUUCGGCUAAAGCCGUUGAGCCGACUGUUCCUGCGUCGGAGACCGCGUCUGAUGUCCCUACAUCUUCUGCGGAUGCGCCUAUCACUACCUCGACAGGCGAUGGUAUCUCUCUUCCCGGCGCAUCUGAUACGGGAGCUACGCCAGUGCCUUCAGCGACAGCGACAGAUGCUCCUGAACCUUCAACCGACGGCUCAGUAUCUAGUGCCACACCCACGGCGGAUCCUACAUCCGUGAAGAUAUCUGAUGCGACGACAACAGCUUCAGUUCCUUCGGACAGCGAUUUGCCAUCGUUGUCGCUUUUCGAUCCUUCUGCUCCGACCUCAGCCUCGUCCGAGCCUUCGGACUUGGCAUCCACGGAGGUACCCGCAAGCGAGACUCAAGUAAGCCCGACUCCGACGGAUGCCCCUACAACAUCCGUUGGUGAGACUUCCGCAAGUGAGACAUCGGUACCAGCCACCGAGACAUCCGUGACAGACUUGCCAUCCGGCACAGUCGACCCUACCCCUGCGCCAACUAGCGAGCUGUCUGCCAUAGACUUGACAACCGCAACGGAUGCGACUAUCCCUACGCUCGUUCCAACGAGCGAGGCAUCUGCGGUAGACCCUAGUGGUACAUCUGGUCGAGUGACCCUGGUGCCAACGAGCGAAACAUCUGCGGUAGUCCCUAGCGGUACAUCUGAUCAGGCGACCCUGGUGCCAUCCUCUGGCCUGGGCGUGUCGAUGACCUCUGGAGCAGCUCUCCCCACUGGACUUACAACCUCUGGCUCCAUUGCUCAUCCCACCGACCCAGCCGUCACUGCCAGUACCGUGAGCAGUGCUGUGAAAGUAGAUACAUUGGAGUCACAGGUUCCCAUUGAUGCACCUAUUCCCACCUCUGAGAGCAUCACAAACCCUGAGACUAGUGCAGGCAAUGGCGAUCAGACUCCGACCCCCAGCGCUACUGAGGCCGUACCCACUGCUACCGAUGAUGCCACUUCCCAAGCCAGCAGCGACCCAGCUUCCGAGACUGCGGCACCUUCUGAUGACCCAACCGACAGCCCUGCCGAUGAAGUCCCUUCUGAGACGUCAGCACAGCUUGGUCCUCCUCCCACUACCCCCACCGGUUUCGACUCUGACCCAGCUGCUAAGCCUUCAGCGUCAUCUACUGAUGCACCUCUGGGAGGCGCAGGUGGCGACGAGAAACCACCACCACUGUCGAAGUCGCAGACAGCCGGAAUCGCUGUUGGAGGUACAACAUGUUUGCUCGUUGCCCUUGUCGCUGCCCUCUUCCUUGCUCGUCGCUACCAUUCAAACACGAGCAACAAGCGCCACAGUACCGGAGAAGUUUACCCCGAGAUGGCUUACAUUUACGAUCCUCCUGCUGGAGGCAACGGCAAUCAUGACGCUGAAGCUGGAGGUGCUGUUUCCGCGGCCCCUGCCAUGUCCGGCGCCGCUGGAGGUGCGCUUAGCCGGUCACUCUCCAGCGCAUCCGCACGUGGUCCUGCUGCACAAGGUGCUGCAGCUGGUGGACUUACUCGUUCUGUGUCGAAGGCUUCCUCAUAUCGCCACUCUAUCGGCCCUGUGUAUGGUGCCCGCGAACAGACUCCAUCACCUGCGCCUCUUCCUCGUGAAUCUCGCUACAGCACUGGGUCUUACUUGUCCACCGGCCCAUGGGAUCCUUCAUUGGCGCUCAACGCCGCUGCUGCAGCGUCCAGCGUCAGUCUCAAUCAGUACCAGGAUGAGGCUGCUCAGAACCCUUUCCGUGACCCCGAGGAGCCAAAGCCCGUAGCGAACCGGCCUGUGAUGGGUGGAACCGUGAAAGGUCCACUUACGAUCAACCCAUAUGCCUUCAACAACAAUCCCGCCGCACGAGACUAUCCUCAGAUGUCUCCUUACGGUCCAGCACGAGCACUAAACCGUAGCUCAAGCCCUGUCAGAGCCCGCGCCUCCGAGAGGCACAGUGACCCAUUCGCUGAUCCCUUCGAGCACGACCUCAUCCUGAAUGUGGACAUGCGUACUGCAACGGAAAGCUCGAUCACUGUCUUAGCACCGCCGCCUACGCCUCGCUCUGGUGGUACAUCGCCUGCACGUGGUCCAUCGCCCAACCCUUACGAGUUCCGCCCGCCGCCCGGCCCGUUCGCGUCGCACUUCCCUGGGCGCGACUCAGACAGUGAGUCUCUGAUCCCGGAACCCCUCACAAUAUCUGGCCGCAACACCCCCGAGGGGCGUCGCUCGCCCAUGCCGCGCGAGUCCCCCGACAGUCAGCGCACCUUAGUCCAGCCACCUCCAGCGCACGUUGGUCCCAAGCCCCAAGACAACACCAACUGGGACAACAACAGGGUCGACCACCCAGGCGACGUUCCCGCGCCUCUCUUCCCCAAGAAGCCGCUUCCCUUGCGCCGCCAGCCCACACUUGCAGGUCCUGGGCAGACUCUCCUCGCCUCGACCGGUCUCCCCCUGACCAUCAAGCGCAAGCCCAUGGGCAAUGACAGCGUCAGCGGCGUGCUCGACGUCCCCCGUAAUCAGCACCUCAGCCCUAGCCCCUCGCCCUCUCAGGCGGACUUCAGCGACGAUCCUACUGUGCAGCGGAAGAGGAGCGGUGAGAUGAUGUUUGCAGAUCCGGCGCUCCUCGGGCGCCAGUUCUAG